GCGGAAGCCGCGGGGCCUUCUAAAUCCGAAAGUCUCCGGAGCUUGCGCCAGGCUCUUCGCGGCGCCCCCCACUUAGACGCGGGGCUUCUGAGCGGGUGGGGGAGAAAGAACUGUUGCCAGCGCGGAGACCAGGCGGCCAGCGUCCGCAGGGAUGAACCUCGAGUUGCUGGAGUCCUUUGGGCAGAACUAUCCAGAGGAAGCUGAUGGAACUUUGGACUGCAUCAGCAUGGCCCUGACGUGCACCUUUAACAGGUGGGGCACACUGCUUGCAGUUGGCUGUAACGAUGGCCGAAUUGUUAUUUGGGAUUUCUUGACAAGAGGCAUUGCUAAAAUAAUUAGUGCACACAUCCAUCCAGUCUGUUCUUUGUGUUGGAGUCGAGAUGGUCAUAAGCUUGUGAGCGCUUCUACAGAUAACAUAGUGUCGCAGUGGGAUGUUCUUUCAGGCGAUUGUGACCAGAGGUUUCGGUUCCCUUCGCCCAUCCUAAAAGUCCAGUAUCAUCCUCGAGAUCAGAACAAGGUUCUCGUGUGUCCCAUGAAAUCUGCUCCUGUCAUGUUGACCCUUUCAGAUUCCAAACAUGUUGUUCUUCCGGUAGACGAUGACUCCGAUUUGAACGUGGUGGCUUCUUUUGAUAGGCGAGGGGAAUAUAUUUAUACAGGAAAUGCAAAAGGCAAGAUCUUGGUCCUAAAAACAGACUCUCAGGAUCUUGUUGCUUCCUUCCGAGUAACAACAGGAACAAGCAAUACUACAGCCAUUAAGUCAAUUGAGUUUGCCCGGAAAGGGAGUUGCUUUUUAAUUAACACAGCAGAUCGAAUAAUCAGAGUUUAUGACGGCAGAGAGAUUUUAACGUGUGGCAGGGAUGGAGAGCCCGAGCCUAUGCAGAAACUGCAGGACUUGGUGAAUAGGACCCCAUGGAAAAAAUGUUGCUUCUCUGGGGAUGGGGAAUAUAUAGUAGCGGGCUCUGCUCGGCAGCAUGCCCUGUAUAUCUGGGAGAAGAGCAUUGGCAACCUAGUGAAGAUCUUGCACGGAACCAGAGGAGAACUCCUGCUGGACGUGGCUUGGCAUCCAGUUCGACCCAUCAUAGCUUCUAUUUCUAGUGGAGUGGUGUCCAUUUGGGCCCAAAAUCAAGUAGAAAAUUGGAGUGCAUUUGCCCCAGAUUUCAAAGAGUUGGAUGAAAAUGUAGAAUAUGAGGAAAGAGAAUCAGAGUUUGAUAUUGAAGAUGAAGAUAAGAGUGAGCCUGAGCAAACAGGGGCUGAUGCUGCUGAAGAUGAGGAAGUAGAUGUUACCAGCGUGGAUCCCAUCGCUGCCUUCUGUAGCAGUGAUGAAGAGCUGGAGGAUUCAAAGGCUCUGUUGUAUUUACCCAUUGCCCCUGAGGUAGAAGACCCUGAAGAAAAUCCAUAUGGCCCCCCACCGGAUGCAGUCCCAACCUCCUUGAUGGACGAAGGGGCUAGUUCAGAGAAGAAGAGGCAGUCUUCAGCAGAUGGGUCCCAGCCACCAAAGAAGAAACCUAAAACAACCAAUAUAGAACUCCAAGGAGUGCCGAAUGAUGAAGUCCAUCCACUACUGGGUGUGAAGGGGGAUGGCAAAUCCAAGAAGAAGCAAGCAGGCCGGCCUAAAGGAUCAAAAGGUAAAGAGAAAGAUUCUCCAUUUAAACCGAAACUCUACAAAGGGGACAGAGGUUUACCUCUGGAAGGAUCAACGAAGGGUAAAGUGCAGGCGGAACUCAGCCAGCCCUUGGCAGCAGGAGGAGCCAUCUCAGAACUGCUAUGAAGACGGUGACACUGCGUUCUCCUCACUGUGUCGUCAGGUAGCCUUUGGACAGUGUGGCCAGUCAUUUGAGAUUGGCGUGAAUUGAAAACAAAGGCCUUUCCUCCGCCCAGGAGGUGGGAGGAGUGGAUUUUAUGUUUGAAUGAAGAAGUGAAUUAUGGAAGAAGAGCGCAGGUCCCUGCCUUCCCUUUCAAGCAUAAGUCCAAAUAGGCUCUCAGGAAUGAGGAUGCGUGAAGACAUCAGAUCUGACUCACUUCAACUUCACACUUGGUUGUGUUGCUGGUGAAAAUGCCCAUGUUUUGUUCACCUAACUAUUGAAGUCACAUCCUUUGGACAUGUCAUUCCCAUCUCCUGUUGCCUUCCAUCCUCAGUGCAUGUCCUUGAGUGACUUGUUCUUUUCUGAAAUUUUGCUACCAGUGUCCUAGGAAAACUGAUGCAUUUUUCUGUUGCUUUCAUAACUUCACCUCCCAGAUGCUUCCUGUAUUUCUAUAUUGUGUAUAAAGGCUGUACAGAGAAGCGAGUGCUUGAAAGAUUUUAAAUUGGCAGAAAAGGAAGGAAGCUAGAAGGCCCUGUCGUUCUGUCUUACCACCUUUUGCUCAGGGGGCUGGGCUCUAGGGAAUCCGGGGCUUCCCUUGCAUUGCAUGUUUUCCAGUAUCAGAUCUGUCUGAAUAAUCAUGGCUUUUGGAUAGGAUUAGUUUUAUCCAUCUCCUGCUAAGAAUCAGCAGUGGUUUGUGUAUUACUUUACCUGUGUUGACUUCCAGAGUUAGAAACAAAGCAAGGUAUUUUCUCCACAAGCUUCUGUAUCAUGGGGGUGGGGCACCGUGUGAGGACUGACGUGGAAACCCCCAAAAUCAAAGCAGCAGCUUGCUUCAAAUCAAAGAUGAGGUUCAUUCGUUAAAUCAUUGCCUGUGGAGAACCUGUUCCCACCAGCCAUCGUGUGUCUCUUCCUGGAGCCAGGCCCCCUGUGUUUUCACUCACUUCCUUUCUGUGAAAGGUUGCUUAGCUUUUUUACCCUUCUCUUUCUCACCCUGGCUCUCUCUGCAUUUGCUGUUCUUUUAAUAAAAAUAGCAAAUUGGA